GAAAAGCCCAACAAAAUGAAGUGGUUUGGAGUUUUCAUGCCAAAUAACGUUAUUAUAUGGUAUAAAGUGGAAAUCAGCUUCGUUAUUUCGUAACUAGGCAUUCGUCAUUGCGUCAAACAAAACGGCAUUCGGUGAUAGAUGACAGAUGAAUGAUGACAGAUGACCGACGAUCGAUGUGAGCGGGUGACGGUCUGUUUGACAGUUAUAGGUUAUUAUUAUUAUUAAAAUUGAAAACAACAAAAAAAUGGCAGCGGAAAUAAAAUCUACAGCUCAAUCAAAUGAAAGGUUUUGCACUACGAAAAAACCCGUGCUUCUAUCAAAAUUAGAUGCUUGUAGUGAUGAUAUCAAUGCCGCUGUACUUAUACCAGGUGAAGAAGGAAUUAUCAGCGUUUCAGAUGAUAAAACUGUACGAGUAUGGCUGAAAAGAGAUUCAGGGCAAUACUGGCCCAGUAUCUGCCAGUAUAUGCCCAGUGGGACCACAUCUAUAUUCUAUACUAUUGAAACUAGACAACUGUUCAUUGGCCAAGAGAAUGGUACUGUAUCAGAAUUCUCCUUGGCGUUUGAUUUCAAUAGAAUGACGCCUGUUAAAGAAUACCUUGCACAUCAGGCUAGGGUGACAGAUAUCUUAUUUGCCAUAAACUGUGAAUGGGUGUUGAGUGUUGGUAGAGACAAGGUGUCAGCGCUAUACUACUCGAAUACCACCAAACAACUUAUAAGCGCUGGCGAAGACAGCACGCUAGUCUUCUGGGACAUGAGCUGCCCCCGACAAGAAACACCCGAAUGGGUCGAGUCUGAUCUGUGCCAGUUGUGCGGCAGGCCAUUCUUCUGGAACCUGCGCGCCAUGAUGGACCAACGACAGCUGGGCCUGCGCCAGCAUCACUGCCGCCAUUGCGGCAAGGCCAUAUGCGAGAAGUGCUCGACAGGCAGGGUCACCAUUCCCAUGAUGGGGUUUGAAUUCGCCGUGAGGGUGUGCGAACCGUGCCAUAAUGUGCUAAAGGAUAAAGAGCGGCCAUCUUUAGCUACAUUUCAUGAUGCCAAACACAAUGUGGUAGCGAUGAGCGUGGAUGAAACCAGUAAGCGAAUUGUCACCGUUGGUCAAGAUCGUAUGAUAAAAGUUUGGGAUAUAACAGCAUUGCUUUGAAUUAUUUGUGAAAUUGAUAUUCUGAAAUGUGAUUGAACAAAAAUCUGGUUAUUGAAAAUAUUAUGUGCUAUCGUUUGUUAAUACUUCAUAUUUAUAUUACCUAUUGUAAAGAUUACGUUGAAUUAUAUAUGUAUUAUAGGAAUUACUCUAAAUAAGCACUGAAUACUGUUUUAAUUUCUUCAAAUAAAAUUAUUAUACCGUGGUUUUAUCGAAAAACACUACAUAGGACAUAACUCGUGAGAUAUCGUUAUUUAACGGGAACGAGAAUGCGAAUAAUGCCGUUUUCCUCACUGCUACGUAGGUGCUAGCCCCGACUGCGACCGAUUAUCUUGCCUAAGUAGUGUAUUUCGAUGAAAGCUUAUACCUA